AUGAGUACGGUGGAUAAAAUGCUGAUAAAGGGUAUCCGUAGCUUCGACCCGGAAAACAAGAACGUCAUCACCUUCUUCAGGCCCUUAACCCUCAUCGUCGGCCCCAACGGAGCUGGCAAAACUACUAUAAUUGAGUCCUUGAAGGUUGCUUGCACUGGUGAAUUGCCUCCCAAUGCUCGCUCCGGUCAGAGCUUCAUUCAUGACCCAAAGGUAGCUGGGGAGACAGAGACAAAAGGGCAGAUAAAGUUGAGGUUUAAGACUGCAGCUCGAAAGGAUGUGGUUUGUAUAAGGUCGUUUCAGCUGACCCAAAAGGCCACCAAGAUGGAAUAUAAAGCUCUUGAGAGUGUGCUGCAAACAAUCAACCCCCAUACUGGAGAGAAAGUUUGCCUAAGCUAUCGAUGUGCUGACAUGGAUCGGGAAAUUCCUGCUCUAAUGGGUGUCUCAAAGGCUAUUCUUGAAAAUGUUAUAUUUGUGCACCAAGAUGAGGCUAACUGGCCGCUGCAAGAUCCUUCUACACUAAAAAAGAAAUUUGAUGACAUCUUCUCUGCAACAAGAUACACAAAGGCCUUGGAGGUUAUUAAGAAGCUUCAUAAGGAUCAAGCACAAGAGAUAAAGCAGUAUAGGCUGAAGUUGGAGAAUCUUCAAACAUUGAAGGAUGCUGCUUACAAGCUACGGGAAAGCAUUGCUUCUGAUCAAGAUAGGACCGAGGCGUUAAAAAGUCAAAUGCAGGAGUUGGAAAAUGAUAUUCAGCAUCUGGAUAAUAAUAUCCAUAAUACUGAAGUAACAUUGAAGGACCUAAGGAAGUUGCAGGAACGAAUAGCCACAAAAACUGCUGAAAGAAGCAUUUUGUUCAAGGAACAGGAGAGACAGUAUGCAGCUCUUACCGAAGAGAAUGAGGACACUGAUGAAGAACUGAUGGAAUGGAAAAGCAAGUUUGAGGAAAGGAUUGCAAUCUUGGAGACCAAAAUUAGCAAGUUAAAUAGGGAAAUGAAUGACACAGAGACCAAGAUUUCUUAUCUUAAGGAGACAAUGGAUGACUAUGUACGAGAGACUAGCAAGCUGCAAACUGAGGCUGAAGUGCAUCAAAACUUGAAGAAUGAUAGAGAACUGAAAAUCAAGAGGCUUUUUGAAAGGAAUAAUCUUGGAGUUGUCCCUAACAGCCCAUUUUCUGAUGAAGUAGCUUUGAACCUCAUAAACCGAGUGCAGUCGAGGUUAAAGGACCUGGACAAUGAUUUAGAUGAUAAAAAGAAAUCAAACGAGAGAGAACUUGAAGCGGCGUUCGGUCAAUACAUGCAUGCAAAUGACUGUUGGAAGGAUGUUGAUGCUCAAAAACAGGCUAAAUUGGAGAUUAAGCGUGGCAUUUUGAAGCGCAUUGAAGAGCAGGAGAAUGAGCGGGAUUCAUUUGAGCGGCAGAUUUCUAAUGUUAAUCUAUCUCACAUGGAUGAAAGAGAGAAGAACAUGCGUAUUGAGAUGGAGAGGAAGACAAAACACCUUGCUGAAAGAGAAUUUGAAUCAAGUAUACAGAAAAAGCAGAGUGAGAUACAUAGUUUGGAGCCAAAAAUCAAAGCUCUUAAUAGGGAAAAGGACAUCAUGGUUGCUGAUUCUGAAGACCGAGUUAAACUUUCCAUUAGGAAGGCAGAGUUGGAAAAUCUCAAAAAGAAGCUUAAAAAGAUAAUGGACGAGCACAAGGACAAAAUUAGAGGAGUACUGAAAGGAAGGGUUCCUGCAGAUAAGGAUUUGAAGCAGGAAAUAGCUAAGGUGCAAAGAGCUUCCCAAGCAGAAUUUGAUGACUUGAACUCAAAAGCCCGUGAAGCUGAGAAGGAAGUGAAUUUGUUGCAGUUGAAAAUACAAGAAGUUAACAUUAACCUAUCCAAACUACAUAAGGAUAUGGAUUCAAGGAGGAGAUUCAUUGAGUCGAAACUCCACUCAUUGGACCAGCAGUCUGUUAGUAUUGACUCUUAUCCUAAAGCUUUGGAUUCUUCCAAGGAGAAAAGAGAUGUCCAAAAAAGCAAAUAUAAUAUAGCGGAUGGUAUGAGGCAAAUGUUUGAUCCAUUUGAGAGAGUUGCUCGUGCUCAUCAUAUUUGCCCUUGCUGUGAGCGUCCAUUCUCUGCUGAAGAAGAAGAUGAAUUUGUUAAAAAGCAAAGAGUGAAAGCUGCAAGCUCCGCAGAGCACAUGAAAUUGUUGGCUGUGGAAUCUUCAGAUACUGAUUCUCAAUUUCAGCAGUUGGACAAACUUCGCAUGGUCUAUGAAGAGUAUACCAAAAUUGGCCAGGAAUCAAUUCCUCUUGCUGAGAAGAGUCUCAGUGAGCUGAAUGAAGAUUUGGACAGAAAGAAUCAAGCUCUUGAUGAUAUCUUAGGUGUUCUAGCACAAGUAAAAUCGGAGAAGGGCUCAGUUGAUGCCUUGAUACAACCUGUAGAAACAGCUGACAGGCUCUUCCAAGAAAUACAGACCUUGCAGGAGCAGGUUGAUGAUUUGGAAGACAAGCUUGAUUUUCGAGGGCAAGGUGGCAAAACUAUGGAGGACAUCCAAAGGGAGUUGGACUCUUUGCAACAGACCAAGGAUAGUUUGCAUAAUGAUGUGGAAAAACUGAGAGAAGAACAGAGGUACACAGAAAUGGAUAUAUCAAGUAUCCAGAUGAGGUGGCAUUCUCUAAGGGAAGAGAAGCUCAGAGCAACUAAUACAUUGAAUGAGCUUAGGAAGGUUGAGGAGGAGUUAGAUCGUUUGGCAGAGCAAAAAAAUCAGGCUGAGCUUGAUGAGAAGCAUUUGGCAGAAGCUGCCAGUCAAUUAGAGAAGGAGAAAGAAGCAUUUUUGAGGCAUCAUAAUGUUUUGAAAGCCAAACUUAAUUGCGAAUACGAGGAACAGGCAAAACUCAAAGCAAACUACCAACAGGAGGCUGUUAAACUUCUUGAAAUUACAGACGAGAUAAAGAAGUAUCAUGCUUUAAAAAAAGGAGAGAGAUUGAAGGAGGUGCAGGAAAAGCAUAGUCAAUCAGAAUCUCAAUUUCGUAGUUUUGAAGCAAGAAAAGAGGAGAUUUCUGUUGAACUGAACAAAAUUAAAGAUUUGAUGCGCAACCAAGAUAAUGUAAGACGUGGCAUUGAGGAUAACUUGAACUAUAGAAAAAUAAAAGCUGAAGUGGAUGGGCUUGCCCGUGAAAUUGAAUUAUUGGAAGAAGAGAUACUGAAAGUCGGUGGGGCUUCUGCAGUUGAGGCUGAGCUUGCAAAGCUCUCUAAAGAAAGGGAGGGACUUCUGUCAGAGUUAAACAGAUGCCGUGGCACCAUGUCUGUCUAUAGAAGCAAUAUUUCGACAAAUCAGAUUGAUCUUAAACAGGCACAGUACAAGGACAUUGAUAAACGCUAUUUUGAUCAGCUAAUUCAGCUCAAGACAACUGAGAUGGCAAAUAAGGAUCUUGACAGAUAUUACAAUGCACUUGAUAAAGCACUGAUGCGCUUCCACACAAUGAAAAUGGAAGAAAUAAACAAGAUUGUAAGAGAACUGUGGCAACAGACUUACAGGGGACAGGACAUUGAUUACAUAAGCAUUCAUUCAGAUUCUGAAGGAGGUGGUACUAGAUCAUACAGCUAUAAGGUUUUGAUGCAAACUGGUGAUGCGGAGCUAGAAAUGAGAGGAAGGUGCAGUGCUGGUCAAAAGGUCCUUGCCUCACUUAUUAUUCGGUUAGCACUAGCUGAAACAUUUUGCCUCAAUUGUGGAAUACUAGCACUUGAUGAACCAACGACAAACCUAGAUGCCCCUAAUAGUGAGAGUCUUGCCGCAGCUCUUCUUAGAAUUAUGGAGGACAGGAAAGGACAGGAAAAUUUUCAACUAAUUGUUAUUACUCAUGAUGAGCGGUUUGCUCAACUUAUUGGUCAACGCCAGCAUGCAGAAAAAUACUAUCGUAUAAGCAAAGAUGACCAUCAGCAUAGCAUUAUUGAAGCUCAAGAGAUAUUUGAUUGAUCCCGCAUUUAUCCUCGCAAAGGUGGUGAUGCGUUAGAGAAGGUGUCAAAUCCAUCUGUGUUUAAUGGUAUCAGAAUAUUGCUCCGAUUUGCGUUAUGACAUGCCACCUUUUUCAGAUAAUGCCUUGAUAAAAAUAUCUGUCCAUGGUCAGCCUGUUGAUUAACCAGCGCUUGUAUUUGUCUGUUGUUUUUUCAUCAGAAACUGAUUUAGAUGUCAGGGGUUUAAAUUCCCAAGCAUUUUUGCUACAGCGUAUUCCUGGAAUUAAGAACGAACUCGGAGCAGAUAACAGUUUUUGGGCCUUAGUAGAAGUUGAAGCCCCAGGAGAAUAAGCCCCACAAAAAAAAAAAAAGUGUGCAGAUAUUACUGCACCUGUUUUUGGUCGAGAAAACUCUGAAACAGGAAUACCACUUUGCCAUGCUAUACCUUGAUCGGAGGGAAAAAUUCUGUGAUGAGAAUUCUGCAGAAGCUUGGGCUACAAAACUUUGUAUUACACUGCCAAAAAGCCUUUCUGGGAUGGUGUUUGUGCAGAUUUCUAGUGAAGAGAACUGCAAAAGCUGAGGUUCUUUAGCAGUAGUUGUUGAUAUGAUUUUGUGUUUCUGUUUACCAGAAGUGUCAACUUGAUGGCCACUAAUGAUAUGGAGUAGCUAAACGUUGGACGUUUAUUAA